GGGCGCGCGGCGCAUGAUCUGAAUGCUGUAAUUUCGACUUACAGACUUGGAACGAUCGGGGGAUUUAUGCGGGGAUUUAUGUUCAUCUACCAUGGAAGAAGAGGGAAUAUCCAGUGAUUUGGGCUUUGUGCACCAAACCAUUCAUGUUUCAGCGCAACUACUAGGAUUUUCAGAUUCAACCCUGCGCUUUUUCAUAAGUGUAUUGAUCGGUUACCUACUUGCCUUCAUACCCAGAAACCUUCUCCACCAUGCCCCAUCUAAUAUCCAGCACCUAUUCUUCAUUGCCCUUGGAUUGGGCUUAUCAUACUUUAACUUUGGGAUGCAGACAUUGCAUUUUGUUAUCACAGUUCUUUUCAACUACCUCCUUCUGGCUGUGGCUGGAGGCAGUGUAACAUCAGUGGUGCUUUCUUUCCUAUGGAACAUGAUAUACUUCCUUAUUGGAACAGUAUCAAUCUCUGAUGGGACACAUGAUGUGCUCUGGGAUACACCUCAUUGUAUCAUGGUUCUAAAGGUCAUAGGAGUGGCACUUGACCUCUAUGAUGGUCAGAAGUCAAAGGAUAAAUUGAGUGCAGAGCAACAACAGCACUAUUUGACUCGUGCCCCAUCGUUACUGGAGAUGGGAGGUUUCUGUCUUUUCUUUGGAGGAUUCUUAGCCGGCCCUCAGUUCUCCAUGCGACUGUAUCUUGACUACACCAACAAUCGCCUUAUACCUGAAUGGGAACAGAAGCAUCCGUCCAAUGCUCGUUAUUCCAUCAAUCGAUUCUGCUUUGGUGUCAUCUAUGUGUGUGUGGGAGUCGGCCUCAAUCUCAUAAUGCCUGAUGCACACUUCAUGACUGAAGAAUUCACGAGGAAAAAUCUUCUACACAAGCUCUUUACUGUGUAUCUUUGGGGGACUUCGUACAGAGCCAGAUACGGAGGAGUGUUCCUGCUUGCGGAAGGUGCAAGUAUCAUGACUGGCAUUGCUUAUAGUGGUCUUGAUACAGAAGGGAAGGCAGAGUGGAAAGGCAGUGCCAACAUGAAUGUAUAUGGCCUUGAGACGGCAGGGACCUUCAGGGGUUUGGUGUCUAAUUACAACACCAAUACCAGCAAGUGGGCCGGAAGAUGCGUGUAUAAGCGUUUGAAAUUCCUGGGCAACAGACAGCUGUCUCAGUUUGUUACUCUGAUGUUCCUUGCUCUGUGGCAUGGCGUCUACAUCGGGUACUUCCAUUGCUUCCUCUUCCAAUUAUUCACUCUCACAUUUGACGAGCAGUGGCUGAAAGUAUGGAGAAAGCUCGGAUUUGGCUCUUUAAUGUCCAAUCCUGUCAUAGCUUUUCUGCUGACGGCGAUCUGCAAUGUAUUCGUCAUGACCAGCUUUUCCUAUGCCCUCAUCAGCUUUCAGCUAAGCAAGUGGGGCUUAUUUACUCAGGUUUAUGCCUCCAUGUAUUACAUUGGACAUGUCUGGUUUAUUGGAUGGAUGCUGCUCUUCCCACUGGUCCUCCAACCAAUGCUACACAGCAACAAACCAAAAGCUACAGGAGACUCUAAAGCCCAGUGAAUGCAGUGAACCUUCUUCAUUAAAUUUCAAAAGAAAAUCAGCGAGGAGAGCAUACCAGGGACCUGUUUCAUGAAACUUGUUAUCUAUAACAAAUGCUAAAUUUCUAUGACAAAUUUGC